CUCCCAAUUUGACCUUGGCCAUUAAGGCCAACGCUGUCAAGGGAUCGUUUGGGAUCGGGGCAAUCAGCACCGGCUCAGGACGAAACCAUCAAGAUGGGUGCCCUCGCGGUGUUCGCCGUCGCUUGCCUCGCGGCAGUGGCGUCGGUUGCGCAUGCGGCCGACACCAAAAAGCCCAACUUUGUGGUGAUCUUCACCGAUGACCAGGACGCCAUUCAGAACAGCACCCACCCGCACUACAUGCCCAGCCUGCACAAGUACAUCCGCUACCCGGGAGUGGAGCUGUCUCAGUACUUCGUCACCACCCCCGUGUGCUGCCCCUCGCGGACAAACCUGUGGCGCGGCCAGUUCGCCCACAACACCAACUUCACCAGCGUGCUGCCUCCCUACGGUGGCUGGGCCAAGUGGAAGGGCCUGGGCAUCGACCAGUCCUACCUGCCGCUGUGGCUCAAGGACCAAGGCUAUAACACCUACUACGUGGGCAAGUUCCUUGUGGACUACUCGGUCAGCAACUACCAGCAGGUGCCCGCGGGCUGGGACGACAUCGAUGCCCUGGUCACCCCCUACACCUUUGACUACAACACCCCCGGCUUCAGCCGCAACGGCGCGACCCCCAACAUCUACCCCGGCGAGUACAGCACUGACGUCAUUCGCGACAAGGGCAUUGCUCAGAUCAAGUCGGCCGUGGCUGCCGGAAAGCCCUUCUACGCGCAGAUCUCGCCCAUCGCGCCGCACACCUCCACCCAGAUUUCCACCGACCCCGUCACCGGAGUGACGAGGUCCUUCUUCUACCCGCCCAUCCCCGCCCCCCGCCACUGGCAGCUGUUCUCCGACGCCAACCUGCCCGGCGGCACGCCCAACAAGAACCUGUACGAGGUGGACGUGAGCGACAAGCCCGCCUGGGUCCGCGCCCUGCCGCUGGCCCAGCAGAACAACCGCACCUACCUGGAGGAGAUCUACCGCCUGCGCCUGAGGUCGCUGGCGGCCGUGGACGAGCUGAUUGAGCAAGUCGUCAAGACCCUGGAUGAGGCGGGUGUGCUUGACAACACCUACAUCAUCUACAGCGCUGACAACGGCUACCACGUGGGUGCCCACCGCUUCGGCGCGGGCAAGACCACGGGCUAUGAGGAGGACCUGCGUGUGCCCUUCCUCAUCCGCGGCCCAGGCAUCAAGGCCAGCCAGUCCGACAAGCCGCAGAACAGCAAGGUUGGCCUGCACGUGGACUUUGCGCCCACCAUUCUCAGCCUGGCCGGCGCCUCGCACCUGCUCGGGGACAAGGGGCUGGACGGCACCCCGCUGGGCCUGUACGCCAACGACGACGGCACUCUUCGCUCCGACUACCCUCGUCCGGAGCAGCACCGCCAGCAGUUCCAGGGCGAGUUCUGGGGCGGCUGGAGUGAUGAGCUGCUGCAGAACCUCAGGUCCCAGCCCAACAACACUUGGAAGGUGGUGCGCACGUAUGACGAGAGCAGCAAGCAGGGAUGGAAGCUCAUCGCGCAGUGCACCAACGAGCGCGAGCUGUACGACCUGCGCAAGGACCCCGGUGAGCUGUACAACAUCUACGACAAGGCCAAGCCCGCCGUGCGCAGCCGCCUGGAGGGGCUGCUGGCGGUGCUGGCCGUGUGCAAGGGGGAGAGCUGCUCCAACCCGUGGAAGAUCCUGCACCCCGACGGCACCGUCAAGAACUUCACCCAGGCACUCAACUCCAAGUACGACCGCAUCUACAACGCAAUCCGCCCCUUCACCUACAAGACGUGCCUGCAGUACCUGGAUUGGGACAACGAGGACAGUCAGUUUAAGACGCAGAUCCGCGGCGCCAACCCCGCAGCCGGCGUGGGCCACCACCGCCUGCUCACCGCCGCCAGCGAGCGCGCCAUCGCCACCCGCCGCCGCGCCCAGGCCGCCGUCAGUGCCGAGCUGGCGGAGCGGCCGGCUGUGUUCCAGGCAAAGGUCGAGGAGAAGUCGGUGCCGGUGCCCCAGGACAUCCUGAAGGCCGACGUGGAGAAGUGGUUCGCCUUCAACAAUGCCGAGUACUACCUGGCUUAGAUGGUCGAUAUUAUAUAAAAGCCAAUGCAAGCGCGCAUGGACAUAGCGCAUCGACCAAGCGCCACCAUGGCUUGGGUUUCUUUGAUACGGUUGGGCUAAGUUUGAUAUGUGGGUUUUGGACGUGGCCGCUUGGUCAGUAAGCGGUCCACGUGGUAAUGCCGUGUGCGUGAUCCCCCCUGGAGUGGUGUUGGGGUAGGUUAAUGACAAGGUAAAGCAGUGGGUACAUGCACGCACAAUUGCGUCGGACAGAAGAGUACCGGGACGUGAUCCAUGAAGAAAUGGUAUAAGGCGCCUCAUGCAUCCGUAGAUGGCGCUCACGUGCGCUUAAUUGCAUGCGCGCCGUCACUUGUUUGUUGAUUGCGGAAUUAAGUGGUUAGGCCACUUGGUUGCGAAGAGUGUUGUGCGCCGCCCUCGGUAGUUCGGUGCGCCGCUGGAAACUUGCGUUGGUGUUCUGAGCUGCGGAGCUCUGGUUGGUCACUUGGUCUGCUGUUGUGCCUGUAUGUUAAGAGGUGCUGGGUAAAGAAGUGGGCUUGCGUGGAUGUUGACUGGCUGGCAGAUAGGACUGUGCAGCGGCCUUGCUGCCGCGUGGUAAAGACUGAGAAAGGUAUGUACCCGGCGUGGUGCCAUGGAGCCAUGGAACGAAGCCCUGUAAACAUGCUGUGUG